ACAAAGCACCUUCAUACAUGUCGUCUUCCUCCUCCAUCGAAAAUUAUUCUCAGAAACAAACGCAUAAAAAAAAUAGGGGGGGUGCAAAAUAAAUCUCUUUCCUCGAAAAGCUUAAUCUUUGUACAGAAGUGAGAGACUAAAUCUUCCUUCGAAUCGCAGAUAUGGUGAUUAUCCGUUGAAGAAUCUUCUUAAAUUGCUCCAGGAUGGAUUGUUCUCUUGGAGGUGAGAGCCUUGCUAUACUGCAGUUGCAUAAAUGGGACCCCCCUGACUUGCAACUCGACUUAUCAGAAUUUCGUGAGGCCUUUUUGUCUCCUACAAGGGAAUUACUGUUGUUGCUAUCAUAUCAAUGCCAGGCUUUACUAGUUCCCCUUAUUACAGGAGACUCUGUAGAUAUUGAUGAGUCAGAAAGUUGUGAUACGAUUCUAAAAAAUUCAGAUUCAACAGCUCUAUGCUUGCCAAGGUUAACUUCACCUAGUAGGUCAAAGUUGAAGGAUGAUAUUCCAUGCCCUUCUGGAUCAGCAACAGAUAUUGAUAAUGACUUUUCUCUUGAUUGCAAUUUUUCAAGAUCUAAUAGUUACCCUUUUCUUUGUGAUGUAAACUCGUUGGCUUGGGGUUUUUGUGGGGAUGCUUAUAAACGACAUAAGGAUGGGUUAUUUAGAGAACUUCUUUUUGUGUCUGGCAGCCAAGGUGUGAUGGUCCAUGCCUUUUGUCAUCGUGAUAAUAACAUUUCAGAGGUGACAACAGCACUGGAGGGGGAGUUUGGGCAAGGGACAUGGAGGGAGUGGGGGCCUUCAUCUGCAACAUCUCAAAAUAUCAAUGAAGAGGAGCCUAUUUCACCAUCUUGUGAAGCUCCUGGAAAAGUCAUUGAUAAAAGUGGUGCCAAUGUUUGUAGCAGACCUCCCGAUAAGAUAACAAAAAGAGAUGGGGAUGAUGAGUUAUCAAGAACUGUUAGUUCAAAGAGGUGGUUACGAUCCUUUUUCACUAAAGCUGAGACUAUUGAAUCUGAAGGUAGUGUUUGGACCAGGCUCCCAAAUAAGUCAUCAUUUCCUUCUACUGCUAAGGUUGUUUCAUUCAGCAUCUGUAAUGGAAAUUUGCCCCUUCUGAACUCCCAUUCUCAAGACUGCUCUGUAUCAAAAAAGACGAGCUGUGGGGAAGAAAUAGUGAAUCUAGAGAAUGAUUUACAUAAAAACUUAUCUUCAUUAGAUGUUGUUACAAGUCAUUCAUAUAAAUGUACCAGAGUUUUCUCCAGUAAUUCCCAUCAUUUAAUUGGAUUCUUUUUAACAUUGGUGGAUUGCAAGCCUGUCAACAUUAGCGAUAGUGAGGAAAAAGGAAGAAGGAAUGUAGUUACUGUUGCCAGGUUAAAGCCUUCAGGAAUCCAGUGGGUUUUUUCUGUAAAGCUUGAGGAAAGGGUAAAUAUUUGCCCAGUGGCUGAGUGGGCAGACUUCCAGUUUUCUGAUGAUUUUCUUGUUUGCCUUAGUUCUUCUGGCUUAGUAUCCUUUUAUGCUGCAGAGUCUGGUGAGUAUGUUGCACAUCUUGAUAUUUUACAGGCUUCUGGAUUAAACCAUAUUCGGAAUUGUGAGCUAGCAAAAUUGUCUCUACAUGCUGAUAGACAUACUGGACAAAUUGAUGAUGUUCAUGAUGAGCCAACUCAUAAACAUGAUGGUUUCUUUGGUAGAAGAUUAUUUAGGAGGUUAUUUGCUGCUUCACAUACAUCUCUCCUGGCUGUAGUUGACGAAUAUGGUGUAGCAUAUGUGAUAUGUGCUAGAGACCAUGUUCCAGACAUGUACUAUGCUUAUGAGAAAUUGAUUCCACAUUAUCAUCAUUUUGGGCUAGGGAUGUUAGUUGGUUGGGAGGUUGGUGGUUCUGAUGUCGGCUGCCAAAGGGUGUAUUCUGAUUUUCUGCAUUCUCCUGAAUCAGAUGUCUCUUCCAAAAGUAAAGGAAAAUUUUCCUUCUCUGAUGAUGUUGGAAGCAAUUUUCUUCACAAACUACAAGACUUGAACCUUAAUGGAAUUGGUUGUAAGUUUCAUGACUAUCAAACACAAUCACAUCUUAUGCGAAAUGUCUUUCUUCCAACAGAUAGAUUUGGUGAAUAUGAUUGUAUCUACUUUUCGCCUUUUGGGAUCACCCGGCUCAUUAGAAGGCAAAAUCUAAAGGAACAGAAGGGUUCCCAACUUGUUCAUUUUAACUUGCAUACAGACUCAGCAACUCAGGAUGACAGAUACUUGAAUUUGAAGGUUGGAAUGUUUUCUCUCCAAGGGAAAAAAGAAGCUUCUGUGGAGCAAGCAGUUGGCUGUAUUUUUCAGGGAUGCUUUUAUUUGGUGACCAAAAAUGGUCUUUCAGUAGUUCUCCCUUCUGUUUCAGUUUCAUCAAACUUUAUUCCUGUAGAAACAAUUGGUUAUCCACAACCAAAUAUCAAUAUGAGCACAGAACAUGAGAAAAGCAGUUUUGAAUUGAGAGAACCCAAAAAACCCUGGUCUCCAUGGAAACUUGAAAUUUUGGAUAGAGUUCUUUUGUAUGAAGGUCCUGAAGAGGCAGAUCGCUUAUGUUUGGAAAAUGGGUGGGACCUGAAAAUUUCUCAGAUACGAAGGCUGCAAAUGACAUUGAAAUACUUGAAAUUUGAAGAAAUAAAGCAAUCUCUAGAAAUGCUUGGGGGUGUCAACCUAGCUGCAGAAGGGAUUUUAAGAUUGCUUCUUGCUGCAGUUUAUCUAAUAUCUCAUAAAAAUGGCAGUGAAAGUGAGUUUUCUGCUGCAUCAAGGCUCCUUGCUUUGGCGACCUGGUUUACGACCAAAAUGAUUCGUGAAUAUGGAUUGCUCCAGCAUAAAAAUGAUUCAAUCUUGGAACAGGGCUUGGAUAGGACCAGAGUACUUCCUCUUCCACUAGAUUUACCUGAUAAUUUUCAGAAUGAAGUUGGAAAUUCCUUAAGGCUUCAUGAAUUGGCUCAUUUUCUGGAGAUUAUACGGAAGCUGCAAUGUCAACUUAGAGCAAAACUUAAAAAGCCACCCCCAGGAGUGGUGGAUCAGGGGGAGGCAUUAGGUGUUGUGGACUCACUCUCACUGCAAGAUGGAUUUCAACUUUCGACACCACUAGCAGAUUCCUUGGAUACAUCAAAUCAUCAUGAGGAUGAGAAGCUUGCUUUGGUUCCCAAGAAUUCUUUGAGCUCUGAAACUAUGGAUUCGGAGGAUUCAAGUGAAGUGCCUGCACUUGUGCCACAAGGAAUGGUUUUUGCAAAGAAAGUUCUUCCGCUGGAAAAUCCUAUGGAGAUGAUUGCACGUUGGAAAAUAGAUAAACUGGAUUUGAAAACUGUGGUCAAAGAUGCUCUACUCUCUGGUCGUCUUCCUUUAGCUGUUCUUCAACUGCAUCUCCAUCGUUCAAGGGAAUUUGUCUCUGAUGAAGAGUCGCAUGAUACCUUCACUGAAGUUAGUGGUAUUGGAAAAGCUAUUGCUUAUGACCUAUUUUUGAAGGGUGAAUCUGGACUUGCUAUAGCAACACUGCAAAAGCUUGGAGAGGAUCUUGAAAUCUGCUUCAAGGAGUUGUUAUUUGGCACGUUAAGGAGGCCUUUACGGAUACAGAUUGCUGAGGAGAUGGGUAGAUAUGGUUAUCUGGGACCAUAUGAACGGAAGAUAUUGGAGAGGAUAUCACUUAUUGAGAGGCUUUAUCCUAGCAGCAGUUUCUGGAAAACUUAUCUUGGCCAUCAGAAGGAGCUAAUGCACGUUACAUCAUCUCUAAGCUCAUCAGGAGGAAUUAAUUUACAUUUGUUGGAUUUGCAUCCCUUCAACAAUCUAGUAAUAAAGUGUGGUGAGAUUGAUGGAGUUGUUCUAGGUACAUGGACAAAUGUUAAGGAAAAUUUAUCUGAUCCUGCGCCUGACCAAGAUAGCGCUUCUGCUGGAUAUUGGGCAGCAGCAGCAGCAUGGUCUAAUGCCUGGGAUCAGAGAACCAUUGAUCGUAUAGUGUUGGAUCAGCCUUUUCUUAUGGGCAUUCAUGUAUCAUGGGAAUCGCAGCUGGAGUACCAUAUAUACCAUAAUGACUGGGAGGAACUCUCCAAACUCCUUGAUGUUAUUCCAGAAUCUGUUCUAUCAGAUGGAACCCUCCAAAUAGCACUGGAUGGUUCACGGCCUAGUUCAUCUGUUGAAUACAGUAGUGAAUUUCCUGACUAUGGAAAAUAUAUAUGCUCUAUAGAAGAACUGGAUGCUGUGUGCAUGGAUGUCCCAGAUAUAAAAAUUUUUAGGUUGCCUUCUUCUUCUUUAUGCUGUGCAUGGUUAAGGAUGCUCAUAGAGCAAGAGCUUGUGAGGAAAUUUAUUUUCUUGAAGGAAUACUGGGAAGGCACUUCAGAGAUAGUAUCCCUUCUGGCUCGUUCAGGAUUCAUUAAUAACAGAUACAAAAUUAUGUCUGAAGAUGAUUCCAUUGAGAGUUCAUCAGAUCUUAAUUUCUCAAAUAAUAGUGAAAGAUUACAUGCAGACACUGCACAAGCUCUGUAUAAGUUACUUGUACAUCAUUGUGCACGAUAUAACUUGCCAAACCUUCUGGACCUUUAUUUUGAUCGUCACAAGAUGGUUCUUGAUGAGGACUCACUGUUUUCAUUACUGGAAGCUGCAGGGGAUUGUCAUUGGGCAAGAUGGUUGCUCUUAUCUAGAAGGAAGGGCUGUGAAUAUGAUGCUUCUUUUGCUAAUACCCGUUCAAUAAUGUCACGUAAUUUAGUUUAUGAUAACAACCUUCAUGUUUUGGAAGUUGAUGAAAUAAUUCGUACCAUUGACGAUAUUGCGGAAGGAGGAGGAGAAAUGGCAGCUUUAGCUACUCUAAUGUAUGCUCCUGCCCCAAUCCAGAAUUGCUUAAGUAGUGGUAGUGUAAAUAGGCAUAGUAGCUCCUCAGCCCAAUGCACAUUGGAGAACCUAAAACCUGCUCUGCAAUACUUUCCUACGUUGUGGCGCACGCUUCUAUCUGCAUGUUUUGUACAAGAGACAACUUCCAAUUUUAUGGGCCUUAAAACAAAUAAUGCUUUAUCAGCCUACCUAAAUUGGCGGGACAAUAUAUUCUUCUCUGCUGCACAUGAUACUUCACUUUUACAAAUGCUGCCUUGCUGGUUUCCAAAGGCUGUUCGGCGAUUGAUUCAACUUUUUGUUCAGGGUCCUCUUGGAUGGGAAUCACUCUCAGGUCUGCCAACCGGAGAAUCAUUGUUGCAUAGAGACAUUGAAUUUUACAUAAAUGCUGCUGAACAGCGUGAGAUCAGUGCUGUCUCCUGGGAAGCAACAAUUCAAAAACAUGUCCAAGAAGAACUUUACAAUUCCUCACUUGUGGAAACUGGACUUGGGCUUGAGCACCACUUGCAUCGUGGACGUGCACUUGCAGCUUUCAAUCAUCUUCUUAUUUCUAGAGUUGAAAAGUUGAAACUAGAAGGGAAACCCAGUUCUGCAGCUCAUGGACGAACAAAUAUUCAAUCACAUGUCCAAACACUUCUUGCAUCUAUAACACAGAGUGAAGAGUCUAUUCUUUCAUCUGUCAUGCCUCUUGCUAUUACACAUUUUGAAGAUUCUGUGUUGGUGGCAUCUUGCUGUUUUUUGAUGGAGCUUUGCGGUUUAUCAGCCAGCAUGCUUCAAUUAGAUGUAGCUGCCUUAAGACGGAUAUCCUCCUUUUACAAAUCCAGUGAAAUUAAUGAGAAUUUUAGGCAACUUUCUCUUAAGGGUUCUGCAUUUCAUGCAAUAUAUGAUGAAGGCAGUGUAAUGGAAUCUCUAGCCCGUGCACUGGCUGAUGAAUACUUGCAUCAGAAUGGUGUAAGCAGUUCCAAAGAAAAGGGAUAUCCUCAUUCGGUUGCUAAUAAGCGGCCUUCUCGAUCUCUCAUGAUUGUCCUACAGCACUUGGAGAAGGCUAGCAUUCCAACACUGGUGGAUGGUAAGACAUGUGGCUAUUGGCUCUUAACUGGAAAUGGUGAUGGAACUGAAUUGAGAUGUCAACAGAAGGCUGCAAGCCAACAAUGGAGUCUAGUUACCGUCUUCUGUCAGAUGCAUCAGCUACCCUUGAGCACAAAAUACCUUGCCAUAUUAGCACGAGACAAUGACUGGGUUGGAUUCCUUUCAGAAGCUCAAAUUGGAGGAUACGCCUUGGACAUGGUGGUCCAAGUUGCAUCAAAGGAGUUCAGUAAUCCCUGUCUUAAAACUCAUAUAGUAACUGUUUUGAAGAGCAUGCAGUCCAGAAAGAAAGCUGGCUCUCCAUCUUACACGGAUACUACUGUGAAGGGGAAUGAAAGUGGCUUCAAAGAGGAAAGCUUGUAUGUCCCUGUUGAACUGUUUGGAAUUUUAGCAGAUUGCGAGAAGAAGAAAAAUCCUGGGGAGGCUCUCUUGAUGAAAGCAAAGGAAUUGUCCUGGUCUAUUUUGGCCAUGAUUGCAUCAUGCUUUCCAGAUGUGUCUCCAUUGUCCUGCUUAACAGUUUGGUUGGAGAUAACAGCAGCCAGGGAAACUUCAUCUAUCAAGGUCAAUGACAUAGCUUCCCAGAUAGCCAAUGAUGUUGCAGCAGCUGUGGAAGCUACUAAUUCCUUGCCUGCAGAUAGCAGGGCAAUUGCAUUUCAUUACAACCGGAGGAAUCCAAAACGUAGGCAGCUUAUGGAGCCUGUAUCCGUGAACCUCUUGUCUGGUGCCAGUGAUGGUUCAGUAGGAAUAUUUUCUGGUGAAGGUAUCAUAGCUGGGGAAGAACAAAAUGUUGAACUUGGUGAGGAGAUUAAUGUUUCAGCUGAUUCUAAUGAAGGGCCAGCUUCUCUAUCAAAAAUGGUUGCGGUGCUUUGUGAACAACACUUGUUUCUGCCUUUGCUAAGGGCAUUUGAGAUGUUCCUUCCUUCGUCUUCUCUAUUGACAUUUAUCCGGGCUCUUCAGGCAUUUUCACAAAUGCGCCUGUCUGAAGCUUCAGCACAUCUGGGUUCCUUCUCUGCUAGAAUUAAGGAAGAAGCCACACAGCUACAAACAAAUUUAGGAAGAGGACACAUUGGAACAUCAUGGAUUAGUUCCACAGCCAUAAAAGCUGCUGAUGCUAUGCUUUCAACUUGUCCAUCACCUUAUGAAAAAAGAUGCUUACUACAACUUCUUGCUGCUACUGACUUUGGAGAUGGAGGGUCAGCAGCAACAUGCUAUCGACGAUUGUAUUGGAAAAUCAAUCUAGCAGAACCUUCUUUGCGUAAGAAUGAUUUGGACCUUGGGAAUGAAACUCUAGAUGAUGCUUCACUUUUAACAGCAUUAGAAAAGAACAGGCUAUGGGACCAAGCACGCAACUGGGCAAGACAGUUAGAGGCAAGUGGUGGACCUUGGAAAUCUUCUGUGCACCAUGUUACUGAAACCCAGGCUGAAUCCAUGGUAGCAGAGUGGAAAGAGUUCCUCUGGGAUGUCCCAGAAGAGAGAAUUGCUUUAUGGGGCCACUGCCAAACGCUGUUCAUCAGAUAUUCCUUUCCCGCUUUACAGGCAGGAUUGUUUUUCCUUAAGCAUGCAGAAGCAGUCGAGAAAGAUCUUCCAGCAAGGGAGCUUCAUGAAUUGUUGCUGCUUUCUCUUCAGUGGUUAAGUGGGAUGAUAACCCAGUCCAAUCCAGUUUAUCCAUUGAAUCUUCUGCGAGAAAUUGAGACUAGAGUAUGGCUCUUUGUAGUGGAGUCAGAAGCUCAAAUAAAUAGUGAAAGAGAUUCAAGUAUAAUCAGUUCCAGGCGAGACAUCAUCAUUGGAAAUACAUCCAGUAUUAUUGAUCGGACUGCUAACCUAAUAUCAAAGAUGGACAAUCAUAUCAAUGCAACAAGGAAUAGAACCAAUGAGAAAUAUGAUGCUAGGGAAAACAACCAGGCACAUUACAGGAACCAAGUAUCAGACUCCAGUUCUUCGACCAUGACAACAGGAGGCAUGAAGACAAAACGGAGGGCCAAAGGCUAUUUGCCCUCAAGACGGCCAUUAGCAGACACAGUGGAUAAAGUCACUGAUUCUGAAGAUGGUUCCUAUAUUUCCAAUCCUCCCAACUUAAAGAAUGACCUACAGUUGCAAGAUGAAAGCUUUAAAAUUGAAAUAUCUUUUUCCAAGUGGGAGGAAAGGAUUAAUCCUGCAGAGCUGGAAAGUGCUGUCCUAUCCUUACUGGAGUUUGGACAAAUAACAGCUGCCAAGCAACUUCAACAGAAGCUGUCUCCAGGAAAGAGACCUUUUGAAUUCAAACUUGUGGAUGCUGCUUUAAAGCUUGCAGCAAUGUCUACUCCUAGCAAUGAAGUUCCUAUCUCAAUGCUUGACGAGGAUUUAUUCUCCAUCAUUCAGUCGUACAAUCUAUUUAUUGACCAGCAUAGAUUCUACCCACUGCAGGUCUUGGAGAGUUUAGCAACCAUUUUUGCUGAAGGUGGUGGUCGUGGAAUAUGUAAGAGAAUAAUAUCAGUUGUAAAGGCUGCAAACGUAUUGGGUCUUCCGUUUUCAGAGGCAUUUGACAAGCAGCCAAUUGAAUUAUUGCAGCUACUGUCACUUAAGGCGCAAGAGUCUUUUGAGGAAGCAAAACUUAUUGUGCAAACCCAUGUAGUGCCAGCUACUAGCUUUGCCCAAAUUCUUGCAGAAUCCUUUUUGAAGGGUUUACUGGCGGCACAUCGUGGGGGAUAUAUGGAUUCUCAAAAGGAGGAAGGACCAGCACCUUUAUUGUGGAGAUUUUCAGACUUCUUUAAGUGGGCUGAGCUUUGCCCUUCUGAACCAGAAAUUGGCCAUGCAUUGAUGCGUUUAGUGAUCACAGGACAAGAAAUACCACAUGCCUGUGAGGUUGAGCUUCUUAUUUUGUCCCACCACUUCUACAAAUCAUCUUCCUGCCUUGAUGGAGUUGAUGUUCUAGUAGCCCUUGCUGCAACCAGGGUUGAAGCUUAUGUGUCUGAGGGUGAUUUUCCAUGUUUAGCUCGUCUUAUAACUGGAGUUGGGAACUUCCAUGCCCUUAAUUUCAUCCUUGGUAUUCUUAUAGAAAAUGGUCAGCUGGAUCUACUUCUUCAGAAGUAUUCCACUGCUGCAGACAUAAACACUGGCACUGCUGAGAUGGUUAGACGAUUUCGGAUGGCUGUUCUGACAUCAUUGAAGCAUUUUAAUCCCAAAGAUAUAGAUGCAUUUGCUAUGAUCUAUAACCACUUUGACAUGAAGCAUGAAACAGCCGCUCUGCUAGAGUCACAAGCACAACAAUCUUGCCAGCAGUGGUUUCAACGGCAUGACAGAUACCAGAAUGAAGAUCUUUUAGAUGCCAUGCGCUAUUUCAUUGAAGCUGCUGAAGUUCACUCCUCUAUUGAUGCUGGCACCAAAACACGCCGAGCUUGUGCCCAGGCUUCCCUUGUCUCACUUCAAAUAAGAAUGCCGGAUUAUAAGUGGCUCAAUCUAUCUGAUACAAAUGCCAGGCGAGCACUAGUUGAGCAAUCACGUUUCCAGGAGGCACUCAUUGUUGCUGAAGCUUAUGGUCUUAAUCAGCCAGGUGAGUGGGCACUUGUUCUUUGGUUUCAGAUGCUCAAUCCAGAGCUGACAGAAGAAUUUGUCCAUGAAUUUGUGGCCGUGCUUCCCCUCCACCAAUCUAUGCUUGCAGACUUGGCAAAAUUUUAUAAGGCUGAGAUAACAGCCAGAGUAGACCAGUCUCAAUUCUCACUAUGGCUUACUGUUGGUGGAGGAUUGCCAGCAGAUUGGGCGAGGUAUCUGUUUAGGUCAUUUAGGUGCCUGUUGAAAAGGACUAGGGACCUAAAGUUUCGAAUGCAUCUGGCUAUGGGAGCUCCUGGGUUUGGUGAUGUUGCGAAUGCUUGUAUGAAAGCAUUGGAUAAGUACCCUGACAAUGCUGGGCCGCUUGUAUUGAGAAAAGGACAUGGAGGGGCUUACCUCCCACUUAUGUGAAUAUGAUGCUUGGUAGCCAGGACCCAAUCAUGGCUCUAAGUCUGAUGGUGGAGUAAAAAUGACAAGGUUGGAUUGCCAUGCUAGGAUGCUCCUAAAGAUGAUAAGUUAAAGUGAAUGUGAGAAUUGUGAUAGUCUUCGAUUAAUCGAAGAGAUUUAAUGGUUCCUUUUUUUGGUUAUAUACUUCAUACCGGACAAGCUGGACUAGCUAGGGAGCAGAGAAAGAGUUGCUUGAAAGAGUUUAUUGAGAUUAGGUCUUAGAGCUAGCAGGAUCUUGUAAAAUUGGUUUGGUCAUGAUGGUUUCUUUUCAAUAUUUUCCUUUUUGGAAUAUUUUUUUAGCUUAAAGAUUAGGAUAGAUAGGCUGUUGUUUUUAGUGGAUGAACGUCGGGAGGGUCAAAAUGAUUUUUGUAAGAAAUGUACAGCUUGUUCAUUCAUUCUUCAAUUCAUAGUUCGUUUUGUGAUGGUUGCAGUAGUGUUCGAUCGGGAAUUCACUCUUCUUCUUGUUCCUUCUGAGGACAUUUAGGAGGCCAAACUGGCUCUAUUUUUGUAAUGGUUAAGCACACUAUCUCGAAGUGCCAAAAGAAGUUUUGAUCAUUCCCCUCCAUAAUAAGGUGAAUGGCAUUUA